AUGGGACUCUGGGAUCAACGGCUUGCUUUUCAAUGGGUUAACGAUAACGUGGACGCUUUCGGUGGUGAUCCCAGUAGAAUCACUAUAUUUGUUGAAUCUGCUGGAGCCAUGAGUGCUCAUCUACACUCACUUUAUCCGGAAAAUAGAGGUUUAUUUCAGAAUGUUAUAUCAGAAAGUGGAACAGCGACAUUUCCAUUUGGUGUUGAUAGAGACCAUCUUCCGGCUACACGCAUAUUGGCUGAACAGCUUGAAUGUCGUACUGACACGAAUGAAGAUAUUUUCCUAUGUUUGGAAUCUGUCGAAACUAAGCGCUUUGUAGACGUGUUAGAAAAUAUUGCAGAUAAUGCAGUUCUUGCAGCACAGGUGCUUUUUGCGCCUUCUAUUGAUGGUGAAUUGAUUGUACGAUAUUACAAAGAAACAAUAAAGAUACCAGAUUGCGACGAGAUGAAGUUUAUGAGAGAAUUGAACUAUAUCAAUGGUGUAAAUGCGCAUGAAGGGGCGGUUUGGGUUCCUAUGCUUGCUGCAAAUCAAAAUGGUUCAAUAGACGACAUCAAAGUCAGCAAAGCAGUUGUGUCAAUGUUCAUGCCUAUGAUGUUAGGAUCGAUGUAUCCAGGUCAGAAUAUCCCCUCGGCAGUAAGCGAUUUGAUUGACUACGAGUAUACAAAUUGGGCAAACCCUGAGGAUUCAGGAGCAAUGGAUCCAAAUGGAGAUGGACCAGUCACGUGGCCUAAAUACACCCUUAAGACAAUGCAGCACUUAAUUAUUGAUGAGGAAGACUCUAUCGGACAAAGGUUAUACACGAAGGAGUAUCAGUUUGGGCGUGAGACUGUCCCUGCUCUUUUACAAGCAAUUGAAAAUGGCGGGCAUACAUGA